UCUCCAGGCCGCGGCAUGGACGCCGGAGCCCGGCCUGUUCCCUCCCGACCACAGCGGCUCCGGUUCCAGCGCAGAAGAGGCAGAUAAUAAGGAGCAUGAAGAAGAGGAUUAUGAUGAUGAUGAUGAUGAUGAUGAUGAGCAGUUAGAGCGGCGGAGCGGAAACAAACCGCAGACUGAAUCCGUGCGCGCGGCGGCGCGUCGCGCUCCGAUGCAGCAGAAAAAUCGCCAUUGUUUGGAUGCGCAGCAGCCUGAGAGCCAGAACCAGAGCCAGAACCAGAGCCAGAACCACAACUGUACCGACACCGUUUGACCCACAGACACCAUGCUCCCCCCGCUACUCCUCACGCUCUGCCUGCACUGCUUCACCCAGGGUGUCUCGGCAUUCCAGGCGUCCAUGAACGAAGAUGGUUUGAUCGUGGCGACGCUGGAGCGCUCGGACCUGCAGGAGAACGUCACGGCGUACGCGGCUCAGCUCUCCGGAGAGCCUCGACCCAUCCUGGUCCAGUUUGUGAACACCAGCGAGCCGCUGCUAUUCAACACGUCGUUCCACGGCCUCUGCUACAGCGUGGGUCUGCUGGUCAAACUGGGACAGAGCUGGUCCAGACCCGUUAAGACUGUGUCUGUGCUCACGAAACCUCUCCCCGUCCACACCGCUCACAUAUUGGACUAUAAGGAGUCUCCAGAGACCGGUGUCGUGUUUGAGAUUGAACCUCCGGCCGGAAACGUCUUCAGCAGAGUCAACAUCAGCUACACGGAGGGACAGGAGCGCCGGUCGAUGCUCUAUAAAGAUUUCUACCGGGGGAAGACGGUGUUCAAGCACUGGUUACCGGGGAUGUGUUACAGGAACAUCACCUUCCAGCUGAUCUCUGAGGUCACAGUGUACCAGACCGCCCUGGUAACACACAGUGACAUCACACACACACCUCUACAGCACAGGACAGUGCCCUACCCCCCCCUCAACAUCUCCCGUAAGAUCGUCCACCUGAGCCAGAGGGCGGCGCCAGGUGAAACCUCCAGCAUUGUCCCUCCUGAUGGCGAGGAGAGCGGGCGAGCGCGGCGAGCGCGGGACGUCCCCCUGAUGGAGGAGCAGGAGGAGGAGAACGUGUCUGAGGAGGCGGCGGGAACUUCCACUCAGGUUCCUUUCAACCCUACGCACAACCUGACCGCCGCCGCCAACCAGACGACUCUGAGCUACUGGUUGGACCCGACCGACCCGUCUCCCACCGACAGGGACGACGAGUUCGUCAAUGCUGUUGUGUCGGAGUACGAAGACUCCAACGAGCCGGGUUCGGCCAUGGGGCUUCCCUCCGAAGCCGCCGUCCUGCCCACCAAACUGCCCCCCAUCCUGCUGGAGCUCCGCUGGCUGCCGCCCAGACCGCCGUCCAGCUACGACGGCUUCAAUGUCUACAUCUACAGAGACGGUAACUCGACAGAAACCGCCACCGUGGACGAAAACACUCACGAGUUCUUCACUGAGCUAACGGAGCCGGGAACGUACCGAGUGCAGGUCACCACGCUCAGCUCGUCCGGAGACUGCGAAGCCCGAGAGAGCGCCGCCGACACCGGCUUCACCUUCUACCUCAGUCCCGGCGGCGAACUGUUGGAGGAGCUGCGCGAGCGUCCGCAGGCCGUCAGCGUCAGACUGCUGGACUCCAGCACCGCCGCCGUCUCCUGGGCCCAGUCCUCCGAGAACCACAACGGCAGCCUGGUGUCGGUGGUCUCUACAACCUGCCUCAGACCCAGUCUCAGCCAGAGGAUGGAGAACACGUACUGCAGCGAGGAAAACUCAACCAGUGACAUCAUCAGCAACCUCACCCCCGGGGCCCAGUACAGGGUGGUGGUCUACCACACCAACGGGCCCCUGAUCAGCCCCCCGUCUGAACCCGUCAUCAUCGACAUAGAGCCCACCGGCGUGCGCGAGCUGGCGGUGUAUCCUCUCAGUCCGACCGCCGUCAUCCUCAGCUGGCAGCGUCCGUACCACGUGGCGUUCAGGAAGUACGUCCUGCAGACCUUCUUCUUCAACCCCGUUACGUUGGCCUCAGAGUGGACCACCUACUACGAGAUCGCCGCCACUGCCUCCGUCAUCGCCUCCGUGAGGGUCACCGACCUGCUGCCGGCCUGGUACUACAAUUUCCGUGUUUCCAUGGUAACGUGGGGCGACCCUCCGCUCAGCUGCUGCGACAGCUCCACCGUCAGCUUUGUGACAGCUCCUGAGGCUCCUCACAUCUCCUCCGUGGAUUACUCCCACGGCGUCCUGUACGUACGCUGGACCUACGGCGAGCUCUUCAUCGACCUGUCGCACUCCAGGAUGCUGCACUGGCAGGUGGUGGCGGUCGGCAAGAAGGGACCGGAGAGGAGCUACUCCAUCGACGUGACCCGUAACGUGAUGCGAGCGAGCCUCCCUCUGCCUCCUGGAGACAUCUACAACCUGACAGUGACGGCGUGCACCGAACGCAGCCGCAACACCUCCAUGCCAAACAUCAUCAAAUUGGAGCCGGCUCCUCCGAGGUCCCUGUUCGCCAUCAAUGCCACGCACUCGUCCGUCACUCUGCUGUGGACCGAGGAGGGAGUGGUCGACUACUACCAGGUCCUCUGCAAACCCAACAAACCCAGCAAGGAGCUCAAGGCCCGCGAGCCUCAGACGGCGAGCUCUCACGUGGUGACGGUCUCUGGUUUGAUGCCCUCGUCCGCCUACAACUGCACCAUCACCAGCUUCAGCUACAGCACGCCGAGCAAACCCGCUCACAUCACCAUCAGCACCGUCGCUAAAGAGAUGAACCCGAGCGUCGCAGCGAUCUCGGCUCUGGCCAUCCUCAGCAUCCUCCUCAUCAGCCUGCUGGUCCUGUUCCUGCUGGUCCUCCGCAAGAAACACCUGCAGAUGACCAGAGAAUGCGGUGCAGAGACUUUCGUCAACUUCGCCUCCUUUGAGCGAGACGGGAAGCUUCCCUAUAACUGGCGAAGAAGCCUCUUUGCCUUCCUUACCCUACUGCCAUCCUGCCUUUGGACUGACUAUCUUUUGGCUUUUUAUAUUAAUCCUUGGAGCAAGACAGCUUUAAAGAAACGGAAGCUAACAAGUCCGGUGCAGCUGGAUGACUUCGACGCCUACUUCAAGGAAAUGAGCAAAGACUCGGCCUACAAGUUCUCCCUGCAGUUUGAGGAGCUGAAGAGCGUCGGUCUGGAUCUUUCCCACGAUGCAGCUGACCUGCCCAUCAACAGGCCGAAGAACAGAUACACCAACAUCCUCCCCUACGACUUCAGUCGGGUGAAGUUGAUCUCGAUGCACAAUGAUGAAGGUUCAGACUACAUCAACGCCAACUACAUCCCUGGCUACAAACACACCAAGGAGUACAUCGCCACUCAGGGUCCGCUGCCCGAGACCCGUAACGACUUCUGGAAGAUGGUCCUGCAGCAGAAAUCUCCGAUUGUUGUAAUGCUUACGCAGUGCAACGAGCGGCGGAGGGUGAAGUGCGAUCACUACUGGCCGUUCACAGACGAGCCGGUAAUGUAUGGAGAGAUCAGUGUGGAGAUGUUGUCUGAGUCCGAGUCUCCGGAGUGGACCAUCAGGAAGUUCAGACUGGGAUACGCUGAUGAGAGUCAGGACGUCCUCCACCUGAACUACACCUCGUGGCCGGAUCACGGCGUCCCCACGGUCAACGCUAUCGAAAGCAUCCUGCAGUUCGUCCACAUUGUCCGUCAGCAGGCCAACAGGACCAAAGACCCCAUCAUAGUCCACUGCAGCGCCGGAGUCGGCCGGACGGGGACGUUCAUCGCUCUGGAUCGACUGAUGCAGCACAUCAGAGAGCACGAGUUCGCAGACAUCCUGGGGAUGGUGUCUGAGAUGCGUUCACACCGGCUGUCGAUGGUCCAGACUGAGGAACAGUACGUGUUCAUCCAUCAGUGCGUCCUGCUGAUGUGGCAGAAAAAGAAGCAGCAGUCCAUCACCUCUGACGUCAUCUACGAGAACGCCAGCAAGACAUAAUGAUGGUGGCUCCUCCAGACGCUGCGAACACGCCCAACCUCCUGUGCUUCAGGCAUCCAUUCUCUGCAGAAGAAGAUCAGCUUCAUCAUCAGUAUCAACAAACCAACAGCAGAACAUCUUGAAAACACAAGAGAAAAAGAAUCCAGUUUUUGUUUGAAUUGGUGUAAAAGCGUUGGAUGGAUUUCUGCCUUACAACACGUUGAACCACGACCCCGCCCUCUGAACUGGACUGACUCACGUCAACGCGGGGUGGGAUGAGUCGGAGGAGGAGGAGCGUUAACGAGCUCCGUCCUGCGAUUGGACAUCUACACUGUGUCCGUCCUCGUUCAGACGACGGGAGGCGGCGAGUCGGUGGAGCUGAGUCAGCGGUUUUUCAUUUGAUUUGUUUUUUAAUCUCAGGAGUAGCUGAAAAACCAGCAAGCACACCGGCCUCUUCCUCCGAAUAUCAUUCAUCAUCAUCAUUUUUGCAUCGUUUGUACCGUUCACCUCUCGCAGCGUGCAGCUUUCCUGGCUUUUUACGACGUCGGAGUCAAAAGGCGGUAGAUUGCAACCGGACUCACUGCCAAAUGUCCUGAACUCGGGGCCGUAACAUUAUUAAAAACUGCUCUAACACGCUAACAAACUGCCAGGACCGCUGCACCGAUUACAUCCACUGGAGGAGCCCAGCAAGCAUUCGGCGACGGCUGACGUUCGGGAACAUGAGCACAAUAUUUUACGUCUGACGCAGAUUUUUAAUCGGACGCUAAAAACCGUCCGAACGUAACGUUUCGGUCCUGGUUGAAGAUCAAAUGUUGGCGUCAUAAAUUUGGUACAUUUUUGCUGCAGUUUUCCAGAUUUCGGCUUCAAAGCAGCUUUGUAAAGUUUGAACAUGAAAGUUUUUUGGUAAUAAAUAAUUUCACUAAACGCUGCUCGACUCAUUUCACUGCGUCCGUCAAGUUGGCCGCUGAGCGUCUGAAUGUUUGCUGGGUCUGCACACGAACUAAAGGGCACAAAAACAGUUGAAGGGAACGAAUGCCUUUCUGUGGAAACACGAGUGCCUCAUGCCGCCGUCCCGUCGCCGCCGGGCGCGUCAGAAGCCAGUUUAGACGCUAGAGACUGUGGAUGUAGAGCUGUAGUUUGAAUUUGCACUGAGGCCUCGGAGCUGCUGACAGAAGAAGGGAAGAGCUGCUGACGGUGGAGGACCGACUGUCUUUCUAUCCAACGGUCUCCACCGGAAGACGUAGAUUAACUUUAGCUGAGAGACUUUUAAUCUUAUUGGCGGCAACAAUCCUGUUUGGAUCAUAUCUGACAGCAUCUGAGGACAGUGGAACUGCCAAAACCACCCUGAAAUUAUAUCCACGUUCCCUUUAUGUUGCUGAAUUUGGGAAACAACACAAACAUAUCUGCUCAGCAUAUCUCCAGAGCUGGCCCAAGACCCGAAUCUGAAUAUCGGUAAUAUCUUUAUCAUUAAACAUAUAAAGCUGCAACUAGAAUUUGUGACCAAAUAAACGUAACCUAGUCAGUGUCUACAAAGAGCAAAUAUAAAACUUAAAGAUACAUUCUCUGCUUUUGUUACUGCGCCCCAAACGCUACAUAUAGAAACAUUCUGGUAGUCAGCCCCGUAUGUGGUUUAGCCCCUAAAAGGUUCCAGUUAUAAAGCUCCCCAGAAUACCAAUAAGAUAUAAUAUUGACCCCCCAAUUUUUUUUUUCAUUACAAAAUGUUGUGUAGCAAUCCCUAAAUGUACAUAAAUCUGGUACAGUGGCCACAAAUACGGAAUUAUUACUUAUGACAGAAUUUAUGAUGAAAGUACAUUUAAACACUGUUAAAUGUUUAUUUUGCACGAAUAUAAUUCAAACUCUAAAUUGUGUUUGCUCCCACAAGAAUUUGGAAUACUGCCCCAAAACAUUUGAUGUUACAAACGUAGACCCAAAUUUAGAAAUCACCUAAUUUUGAAAGGUUUGUUACCAUGUAAAAUAUUCGUUUUAAUAAAAGCAAUUUGCCCCAAAUAUUGUGAUGGAAAACAGUUUAUAAGUUCUGGUAUCUUCCAACAAAUUUUCUUAUUAUUAUUAUUAUUUAGAACAUUUAGAAAAGCGUUUGGGCGUUGUAAUAAAAUCUGUGUUAACGUUAAAAUGUUUAAAUAUGGCGGCUCGGGGCGAUAUGGGUCUUAAACACACACUACUGUACAGGAAGUUGUUCUGAAGCCAUUUUCUCAUUUUCAGAUCAACUUAAUUUAGUUUAGUUAAUUCUCAUCUUUCUACUCAACGUUUGACUUGAAGGACAAAAAGAAAACUUCUCACUUCCUUGACGACGGAAGAGAAUGUCUACUGAACAGACGAGACCGGUUGACCUUGAGUCUUACACUCCAUUCAGGAAGUACUGGGUGUCGUCAAAAUAAGAGCCCAGAGCGGAGCGGCUUUUCUUUUCAUAUUAAAAGUCCAACAAAAGAUUAAAUCAGAUUUUUAAUAUUUACAUUUAAAUUUCUUCCAAUCAAAGUUAGGACACACAGGAUUGUUCCAGUUUUAAAUGGAUGUGAAUGGGAGCGAAUAUAAAAGGUCAAUAUUAAACCUUUUACCAAUUAACUCACUAAUUAAUGAGCUUUGUACAAGUUUUUAUUUUGUUCAUAAAUCAUAAAUUAAAUGUUAAGUUUCAAAACUAAAUGUUUCAGAUAAGUCAGUUAAUAUUUAAUGUUAAACAGCAGAAAGUAUAAAACAGAUUGAAAGUUAUCUGAUUGAACUGAACGUUAUCUAAUAUUGAUGCUGUUUGUGUUAUUUUAAGCACAAAAAUUUGCUUUGUGGCCUUUUGGUUCAAACUUAAGUAUAUUUCUAUAAAUAUAAUUUAAUAUAACUGAAUAUUGUACAUCCCCUAAAACAUUUUAUAACUCUAAUAAAACAACUAAACUAAAAGGAAAAGCUGCUUCUGACUUCUGUUGGCGUUAUUUCGACCACACCUCGUAUCUAAUUUGUAAAAAAAUAAAAUAAAAUAAAAAAUGAAGAAAUCCAUGAAUGUGUGUAAAAAGGCCGCUGGACGCUUCAGUGUUGACUUUGUAAAAUGAUUCGUCAUUGUGGCCUUGUGGUUCAAACACCUGAAGUCUUUACCUGCUGGUUCGGUCGCCACUCGAUCUGAAAGGUCACGUUUCACUGUUAGAUAUCCGACGUACUGUACAUACUACUACUGCUUACUCUGUUUCUACUCGUCAUUGCUGAGUAAUUCUUGUGGAAAUGUUGCUUUAGAGGUUUGUUUUUUAAAAGUUGUUGUAUAUGUGAAUCAUUACCUGAGCCAGAAGUCCUCUCAUCACUACGACGGCUUUGCGGUUGUCCAGAGACUCGUGGUCGUCCGGAGACUCGUGGACACGGAGGACUCGUCUGAGGCCGGAGGAACGCACUUUGGUACGACCGUCAGAAAAGACGAAAGCUCGGCACUGUACACUCUUCUACAAUUCUUUCUCUUACUUAGUGUUCGUCCAGUCAGACUUGUUCGUUGGUGCCAUUCUCGUGCAUUGUGUCACUUAAAAUUUGAGGGAUGAUCUCAAACUCGGAUCAUUGUCACAGAGUUUUAAUGUGUGUGUGUGUUGGAACAAAAUAAAAUGUUGCAGUUA